CCUCCGAGGGACCUCAGAAGUAGCGCCUUUAUUAGCCUCGCGAGGCCGCGCCUUCUUUUUGACGGAGCGAUUCCACCCUCGCAAGAAGCGAAGCGAACGGAUCAGACAAGUCGGCGACGAUGCUGGGAUUCCUGGGGUCCGUGUUGCCGCUCUUGGCCUUGGUCCCUCUUUCAGUAUUUGUGCUAGUGCCGUAUGUCAGGAAGUAUUUUGGAGGAAGGGUGUGCAAGUCUGCAGCACAAUUGAAUGGGAAAGUUGUAGUGAUCACUGGAGCCAACACUGGUAUAGGGAAGGAAACAGCGCGAGACCUUGCAAGAAGAGGUGCCAGAGUCAUCCUUGCUUGCAGAGAUAUGGCAAAAGCAGAAAAGGCAGCCCAUGAAAUCCGGAUCCAGACGGGAAACCAAGAGGUUACAGCAAAAAAACUAGACUUGGCAGACACCAAAUCUAUCAGAGAAUUUGCCAGUAAUUUCUUGAAAGAGGAGAAAGCACUCAACAUACUCAUCAACAAUGCAGGGGUUAUGAUGUGCCCCUAUUCAAAGACAGCUGAUGGUUUUGAGAUGCAGUUUGGAGUCAACCAUCUUGGCCAUUUUCUUUUAACAUUCCUGCUAAUAGAACGCCUGAAACAAAGUGCACCGGCUCGUAUUAUAAAUGUGUCUUCGUUGGCUCAUCAUAUGGGGAGGAUUCACUUCCAGAAUCUCCAGGGUGAAAAGUUCUACUUUCGGGGCCUGGCAUAUUGUCAUAGCAAACUGGCCAAUAUUCUUUUUUCACGGGAAUUGGCUAGACAUCUACAAGGUACUGGUGUCACUGUAAAUGCUUUGCAUCCAGGUACAGUUUUUUCUGAACUUGUUCGUCACUCCUUUACACUAAAAGUUUUGUGGAACGUAUUUGCUAUCUUUGUGAAGACACCUUGGCAAGGAGCUCAGACCAGCAUAUAUUGUGCAGUGACAGAAGAACUGGAGACAGUCAGUGGAAAGUAUUUCAGUGAUUGUAAACCAGCAUAUGUGUCAUCUCAAGGACGUAAUGAUGAAACAGCAAAGAAGCUUUGGAAUGUUAGUUGUGAACUCCUUGGUAUCCAGUGGAAUUGACCUACAAAGGCCAGCUGCACCUGAAUUCCAUAUUUUGUAUAUGAGACUCUGGAAAAGUAUUACUUUCAUGGAAUUUUCAUAGAUCGAUAUAGAUCACAUUCAAUUAAUUCAAUUAAAAUAGAAUUGUUUAGUGGAUGGAACUAUCCACUCCAUGCUGAAGGUUUCCUGAUUCCCCCUACAAAAAAAAACAAUCCUUAGUUUUCCUGGGUUUUCUGGCAGUGUGAAUUAUGAAUUGUUUGAUGUGGUUUUGUACAGCAUUCUUGGCUAAAAGGUUGCUGGCUCAUUUGUGAUUCAGUAUGGUAUGGAAACAUUGGUACAAAAUUGCACCAAUUAUUAAAAAAAAAAGUUUUUAGAUGGUU